AUGCAUAAAGUAUUGCAUAACAUAGUAUUAAUAAUAUUAAAUAUAUAUAUAAUAAACUGUUUUAAGAAUAAUGCUAGUAAUAAAUUAAAUAUAAACUUUUUAGUUAAUGGAAAAAAUGAUUAUAAUAAAAUAUAUAAUAGAAAAAAAGAAAAUGUAAAUAUUAUAAGACUAAAUAAUGCAAAAAAUAAUGAAAACGAAAUUAAUGAACAAGAGAAAAAAGUAGAAAAUAAUAAAGAUGAUAUUUGUUUUAUUGCUGGUAUAGGAGAUACAAACGGAUACGGUUGGGGAAUAGCAAAAGAAUUAAGUAAAAAAAAUGUGAAAUUAAUUUUUGGAAUUUGGCCUCCAGUUUACAACAUAUUUAUGAAAAACUACCAAAGCGGAAAGUUUGAUAAAGAUAUGAUAAUUGAUAAUGAUAAAAAAAUGGAAAUUUUAGACAUAUUACCCUUUGAUGCAUCUUUUGAUACAUAUGAGGAUAUAGACGAAGAAACAAAAAAUAACAAAAGAUACAGUAAUUUAAAAAAUUAUAGCAUAGAAGAAGUAUCUAAUUUAAUUCAUAAUAAAUACGGAAAUAUUAGUAUGCUAGUACAUUCAUUAGCCAAUGCUAGAGAGGUACAAAAAACUUUAUUGGAUACAUCUAGAAAGGGAUAUUUAGAUGCUUUAAGUAAAAGUUCUUACUCAUUAAUAUCUUUAUGUAAAUAUUUUUGUAAAAUUAUGAAACCAGGGUCAAGUGUUAUUUCCUUAACAUAUCAUGCCAGCCAAAAAGUGGUACCUGGAUACGGAGGAGGAAUGUCCAGUGCUAAAGCUGCACUAGAAUCAGAUACAAGAUUUUUAGCUUAUUAUUUAGGAAGAAAUUAUAAAAUUAGAGUUAAUACUAUUAGUGCAGGACCACUUAAAUCAAGAGCAGCUAGCGCUAUUAAUAAAAUGAAUCCAAAAAAUAUGAACAGUUCAGGUGAAAAUAAUAAAGAAAAUUACUCAUUUAUAGAUUAUGCAAUUGAUUAUUCAGAAAAGUAUGCACCUCUUCAACAAAAGUUAUAUUCUACUGAUGUUGGUUCAGUUGCAUCAUUCCUUUUAUCAAAAGAAAGUAGAGCAAUAACAGGACAAACCAUAUAUGUUGAUAAUGGCCUCAAUAUUAUGUUUGGCCCUGAUGAUUUAUUUCAAAAUGAAAACAAUUAA